AUGCUGAACAUCUGGACAAUCACUCUUUUCCUGCUGGGAGCAGCCAGAGCCAAGGAAGUUUGCUAUGAUGACCUCGGGUGCUUUGCCGAAGGGGAGCCCUGGGCCAGAACUGUGAUCAGGCCCCUGAAAGUUCUCCCCUGGAGCCCUGAGAAGAUCGGCACUCGCUUCCUGCUCUACAGCAAUGAAAACCCCAGCACCUUUCAGAUUCUCCUUCCCUCAGACCCAUCGACAAUUGAGGCUUCAGAUUUCCAAACAGACCGGAAGACCUGCUUCAUCAUCCAUGGGUACAUAGACAAGGGAGAGGAGAGCUGGCUGCUGGACAUGUGCAAGGAAGGUAACCUGUUCCAGGUGGAGCAGAUGAACUGCAUCUGCGUGGACUGGAGGAAGGGCUCGCAGACCACCUACAUGCAGGCCGCCAACAAUGUGCGAGUGGUGGGUGCCCAGGUGGCCCAACUGCUGAGCGUCCUCUCGACUCACUACAGCUACUGGCCUUCCCAAGUCCACCUCAUUGGCCAUAGCCUGGGAGCCCACGUGGCUGGAGAGGCAGGGAACAGGACUACAGGCUUGGGCUGGAUUACAGGAUUGGAUCCCAUGGAAGCAAGUUUUGAGGGCACUCCUGAAGUGGUUCGACUUGAUCCUUCUGAUGCUGUCUUUGUUGACGUGAUUCAUAUGGAUGCAGCUCCCUUGAUCCCAUCCAUGGGCUUUGGAAUGAGCCAGCAGGUGGGCCACCUUGACUUCUUCCCCAAUGGAGGAGAAGAGAUGCCAGGAUGCAAGAAGAAUGCCCUGUCACAGAUCUUGGAACUGGAUGGCAUCUGGGAAGGAACCCGGGACUUGGUUGUUUGCAAUCAUCUAAGGAGCUACAAGUAUUACUCUGAGAGCAUCCUCAACCCCGAUGGGUUCGCUGCUUACCCCUGCACUUCCUACAAGUCCUUUAAUUCUAACAAGUGCUUCCCCUGCCCAGCUGAAGGGUGCCCACAAAUGGGUCACCAUGCUGAUAAAUUUGCCAGCAAGACCAGUGAGGAGCAGCAGAAAUUCUUCCUGAACACAGGAGAUGCCAGCAAGUUUGCUCGCUGGAGAUAUGGAGUUGCCGUGACACUGUCUGGAAGAGCAGUCACUGGCCAGGUAAAAGUUGCUUUGUAUGGAAAUAAAGGAGACACUCAGCAGUAUGACAUCUUCAGGGGAUUUCUCAAUCCAGGCUCCACCCAUUCCAAUGAGUUUGAUGCACAGCUUGAUGUUGGAACAACUGAGAAAGUCAAGUUCCUUUGGUAUAACAAUGUGAUAAAUCCAACCUUCCCCAAAGUGGGAGCAGCCAAGAUCACCGUGCAAAAGAGAAAGGAGACGACAGUGUAUAGUGGCUGUACAGCUUCUGUAGUGAGAGAAGACGUUCUGCUCACACUCACGCCCUGUUAA